AACCAAGAAUCGUCACUGUUAACUCCGCCCUGUGUUCCUGACCGCUAGCAGAGACAAGGAUAACAAAUGGAAGGUUAGCGGGGAUUGUCAAGUAACCUUUAUCAAAAACCUGCACCUGAUAUAGAGUAUUUGUCAUAUACAGCGAGAGGAUUUUCCUGUGGUAUGAAAAGGAAGGUUUGGUCCCCUCAUACAUUGUGAUCUGAAACAUGGAUUCUCAGAAAGUCCCUCUCCUCCGACGAACGGAUUCAGCCCAGGGUGACUUUUCACCUCUGAAACACUUUGUAGUGGCCAAGAAAAAGAUCGGUGAUGUGUUUGAACAACUCCUGCAGUAUGUGAAAGAAGCCUCUGCGUUUGUAGAAGAUACCUGCCAAAAUGAAGCCUUGGAAAACAUUGCCAGCCAGGACCAACAGGAGCAGAUUCAGGCUUAUGCAGACAAACUGGCUGUUAUCAAAGAAGUCUUAGCGCGCAGACACAUGAAGGUGGCCUUCUUUGGCAGAACAAGUAAUGGGAAGAGCACUGUAGUCAAUGCUAUGCUGAGGGACCGAGUGCUGCCCAGCGGCAUCGGCCACACCACCAACUGCUUCCUGAGCGUGGAGGGCACGGACGAGGACAAGGCCUACCUCAAGACGGAGGGCUCCGAAGAGGAGAAGAGCAUCAAGACAGUGAACCAGCUAGCACAUGCUCUGCACAUGGAUGAGAGCCUGGACGCAGGCUGCCUGGUGCGAGUCUUCUGGCCCAAGACCAAGUGUGCUCUGCUGAGAGACGACCUAGUUCUGGUGGACAGCCCCGGGACUGAUGUCACAACGCAGCUGGACAGCUGGAUCGACAAGUUCUGUCUGGACGCCGAUGUGUUUGUUCUGGUCGCCAACUCUGAAUCAACCCUCAUGAACACGGAGAAGCACUUCUUCCACAAGGUGAACGAGCGCCUCUCCAAGCCCAACAUCUUCAUCCUCAACAACCGCUGGGACGCCUCGGCCAACGAGCCCGAGUACAUGGAGGACGUCCGGAAGCAGCACACGGACCGCUGCGUCAACUUCCUGGUGGAGGAGCUGAAGGUGGUGGACCGCGAGCAGGCCCCCAACCGCAUCUUCUUCGUCUCGGCCAAAGAGGUGCUCAACUCCCGCAUGCAGAGAGCCCAGGGCAUGCCCGAGACCGGUGGCGCUCUGGCGGAGGGCUUCCAAGAGAGGCUCAGAGAGUUCCAGAGCUUUGAGAGGAGGUUCGAGGAGUGUAUCUCGCAGUCAGCAGUGAAAACAAAGUUUGAGCAGCACACGAUCAGGGCAAAGCAAAUCGCAGGGAAGGUCAAAGCCAUCAUGGACGCCAUCAACAUCGAGUCGGCCGAGAAGAGAGUGCUGUCGCUGGAGGACCGGGAAUACCAGAUGGACCGUCUGGAGUUUGUGAAGAACCAGCUGAACCUGCUCAUCCAGGACAUCAAGAUGAAGAUCAAGACCAUCACCGAGGAGGUGGAGGCCAAGGUUUCCAGUGCAAUGGGCGAGGAGAUCUGUCGCCUCAACGUGAUCAUCGACGAGUUUCACGCCGACUUCCACCCCUCCCCCCACGUCCUCAAGAUCUACAAAACGGAGCUGCUGGCCCACAUAGAGCAGGGCAUGGGCAAGAACCUGGCUUUCCGCUGCUCUGACGCCGUCAACGCCUCGGUGCAGUCCUCCCAGAAAGACAUGAUCGAGAGCCUGCAGCCUCUGCUGCCCCCUGCUGUCCAGACCCAAAUCCACAUGCUGAUCCCCAACAGGAAGUUUGACCUGAGCUACGACCUCAACUGCGCCACGCUCUGCUCCGACUUCCAGGAGAACAUCGAGUUUCGCUUCUCCCUGGGCUGGAGCGCCCUGGUCAACCGCUUCUUGGGGCCCGCCAACGCCCAGAGGGCCCUCAAACUGGUGGACCAGAACUUCCAGGUCCCACGCCCGGCACUGCCCAUGGCCCGCACCCCCUCCAGCGGCCCCCCCGCCUUGGCCCCGCCCCAGGAAGGGGCCCUCAUGACCCAGGAGGACCUCAUGCUGUCGGUGGCCACCAACCUGGCGUCCCUCACCUCGCGCACCUCCAUGAGCGUGGUCAUCGUAGGCGGAGUGGUGUGGCGAACGGUGGGCUGGAGGCUGAUCGCCCUGUCGGCCUCGCUCUACACCCUGCUGUACCUGUACGAGAAGCUCACCUGGACCACCAAGGCCAAGGAGCGGGCGCUCAAGCGCCAGUUCGUCAACUACGCCACGGAGAAGCUCCAGCUCAUCGUCAGCUUCACCAGCGCCAACUGCAGCCACCAGGUCCAGCAGGAGAUGGCCUCGACCUUUGCGCGGCUGUGCCAGCAGGUGGACCUGACGCAGAGGGAGCUGGAGGGGGACAUCAGCCGCCUGACCACCAAGGUCCAGCAGCUGGAGAGCGUCCAGGGCCACUCCAAGAUCCUCCGACACAAAGCCACAGAGCUGGAGAUCCUGCUGGAGACGUUCACGGCCCAGUAUCUCCAGCCUCCGCAGUGAUGGACAGCCAUCGCCACAACCCCCUCUCUCUAGCUCUCUCUCUCGAACCUCCAGCUCGAGCACCUGGUGUCGGCCUAGGCCUGUUUGGACCCCCCCCCUUCUGACUUGACUGCCCCCCCCUUUUUUUUCCCCCCACCGCCGUUUUUACGACAUGGGUUAUGAGAACAACACAGGUCCACCCUCAACAGCCCCUCCCCCCCUCCCCUCAGGACAUCUCUCCUCCGAGGAACAGAUGUUUGUAAGUGUGUGUUCCCGCGCUGCGAGUAACCAGAACUGCAGCAAACCAGAACUGCAGAACAAAAACACACUGCCUGUAAUACAAAUGUUUUUGUUUUUGUAUGGCGUGCGAGUCGGUGGUGUGAAUGCGUUCUGAAGACUCAGACGGUACAGGAUCAAUCCGAAAACCUUCACGCAGCUGGAAGACUAGUGGUCCGGUGCUGUAUGUUGACACUACUGUACUCCUGACUGUGAAUAUGCCUUUCAACUAACUUCUGAAGUUUAGCGUGUGUAAAAUAUUUGUAGAUUCCGAUUUUGUUCCUGCAUGGCGAUUUUUAUUCAGAGCAGAGAAUGCUCUGGCUACUUGUGGCAAAGGUAAAACUAACAACAACAAAAAGGAUGAUCAGUGUGAAUUAUCAGGACCCACGCGUACUCGCAACCUGAAAGAGUGUAACUUGAAGGAGAAAGGCCGUUGUUCACUUGAGAUUCUUGUUCAUAAGUGAAACGGUAUUCAUGAUUUCGGAGAACUCAUGUCCAAACUAGGAAAUUGAAGCUGUAUAGAUUGUAGCUUUUUGAUAACUUGAACCAUUUUAUAAGUUACCCUGUUGUUUCUACUAAUUUGACCUUUAACUGAGAAUUUAAACCUUUUCACUUGUAUCAAAGACAGUUAUUUUCUUCCUUGAUGAAUGUGAAUUCUUAUACCUCCUGAUUUGAGAAUCCACUGUAUUAAAUUACUACUUGCCAUGUAAUUUGAGUUCUAUGAAAGUUUGAGUCAGUGGUAUAUGGCAAUUCCUGCAAAUCUCUACAUGUCCAGGCGAUAUUGCACACGGUCAUGAACAAAUGACAAUGCCUCAUUUGAUGCCUCACAGGCAAAAAUACUUUUUUUUAACCCUUUACCUCUUAAGAAUCCAGUCAAAUUUGCCUAAAUGCCAAACAAGGCAUACCCAAUGUAAAUUGAAAGCUGUUCUUGAACAAUUUGGAGUACAUGCAGUAAUGGAAGCUUGAACACAAUGAAAUGUAAAGUUUUUAUUUCCGCCUAGAUUUUGUUUUGCAAACAGAUGCAUGAAGAGGCCUAGGUGGGAGGUAAUAUAUAGAAGACACAAUGGGACCACAGCAUGAAGCCUUACCUAAUCCAAGACAAAAGUCGAUUAUAAUACCACAAUAUAUUCAUAUUUUACAUGUUUUUCUAAGGGUACAUCCAGGCGUGGAGACUCCAAAAGGACCCUUGGUAACCAAGGUCAAAUACUUAGGAUAAAAAGGUAUUACUUUUCAUAAUUGUUGUCUGUAAUGAAAGGUGGUACUUAGAACUAUCAUAUCUCAUAGCGAUAUCCCCUUUUAGUAUUGCUGAAACACAGCAACGGAAGAAUAAACACAUUUAGAGUGCUUUAUCUGAUUCAUCAGUAUUUACCCAGAAAAAGCCCUGCUUCUGUGAGCCAUUUGGCGCGUGGACUUUUACUUUGACAGUUCCAAAGUUACCCCUAAUGUUGCCUAUUGGCCACUGCAGAAUUUCAUUGGCUAUACAGUUAACAGGCAUAUUUAUGAACCAACUGAAGCCAAUUUCAAUUUUGUACCAAAGAAAGAGGCGGUGGGGGGGCAAGACGCACUCAUUUCGGGAGCCACCUGGUUGGCUUUAGAAGCCGAUGGACAGGGCAUGGAAGCUCCUAUUGGGUCAAAUGACGUGUUGCACUCUGAGGUCAGAGUGCAGUGGCCAUUUUGACACCAAUAUAUCGUAAAUAUUCAGAAGCGAACCGAAGUUAGGACCAAUUGUAUGUGAGUGACUGGUCUCUUCAGUUGGCAAAGUCAGAAUGAUGCAACAAGAGUUCAUGGCUAUUUAUUUAUGGAUGUAAUACAUGGUUUUCGACAACAUACUUUACUUGGUUAGAUAGUUUGGACCUUUGGAAAUGUAACCAGACCAUUUUUAUUAGGAUGUUUUGCACAACUGGACAACUCGAAGCCUUCUUAGGUGAGUAGUCUCUCUUUACGUUCAUGUUGUUGACACAUUCAUGGUCAGACAAAUACAUUGAUUGUACCUGCUGUUGCGACUCGAUCUUGUAAUGGUUUAUGUCAAUAGAAUCACAAGACUCGUAGCUUUGCAACGAUAUAUGGCAUGUGUAGCAGUCCAAAAAAAGUGUUGGGGGGGGGUGCAUGGCCCGCUCAUAUCACUAUUCAUGGUUAGCUUUUUGCAAGCAUUUAAGUUGGCUUCAACAAUGCAGUUAUGUGAAAACCAUGGGUUUACGUUUGAAUCCAAGGUCAGACUGUUUCGACUUUGUAGGACACAAAUUCUUAUCAACUCCGAUUAUCCUUGGUUAAAAGCUUUUUUUUUCUCUCUCUUUUUUUAUUGGUUACAAUAUCAACUCAUGGCAACAUAUCGGUAUCACCAAGCCACUGUACAAAUACAAAAAAAAAAUCUGGUGUGAAAAAGACUAUAAAAAAUUAUUCCAUAACAAGUGAUUUUAUAAUUUUCACACAAUAGCACUGUAAGAGAAAUCAUGGCACCAAGUCCCUGGUUUUCACUGGCUUAAACACACACACACACAAAACAAUAAAUAAAGGAAACAAAUCUAAGAAGACUGUUGGGAUCGAUCGGAGAGCCCGGGGGGUGUGGGUUUGGUGACGUGGUGAUCACCAUGAACUGUAACACGUAUCAUUAAAAGGAAAAUGAUCUGGGUGUUUUCUACUAAUUGAGCGCUUGGUUCUCUUGAGCCAUGUUACGAUUUCUUUCAAAGUCCAAGAAAGUGGUUAGUUGCAGUUUGGCCCUUCAAAUUGCCCAUCGGCAGAAACGUAAACAAAAACAAACAAAAGAUGUACAGUCUGCAGAUGAAGGCAAAGCACCCUAGGAUGUCGUGAAUGCUCUUUAUACCCCGUUGCAUCCGAAUGCAGAACUGUGGAUGACCAUGGAUCUAAUUUAA